AUGCCAUUACGAGUAAGAAAUCUAUUGGAGAAAGUAGGCGAUGAACUCAUUCUUAAAAUUCAACUCGGCCGCACACCUAUUCAAGGUUUUCCUAUUAAAAUACUUGACUGUUUAAGCCAUUCGAAAUUUACCAAUAAACAACUUGAACUUGGUUAUGAUGAAAUUUAUCACAAUUAUUUACUCAUUACUAUUAAGAAUAGUCAUGGACCCUAUGUAUUACAACAUAUGCUUGGAAAUGUCAGCCAAAAUGCAAUUGCUAGCACUGUUCUUAAACUUGAAAAAACAGAACGUAUUGCUCUCAAAUAUCCAACUAUACCUGACGAAUUGAUUGAUGUAUACGAUAUUCCACUAACAUCAAAUAAACCAUUAACACUCAAUCAAUUAAUUUCUACAGCAUCGAAUGUCGACAAAAAUUUUUACAGAUAUGAUGUUGGUGAAAACAAUAUGUGUCAAACAUUUGUCGAAAACAUUAUCGAUAUCAAUGGUUUGAUGCCUAACAUUGUUGAUCAAGCAACAUUCAAUGCUCUCAAACCAAUUAAUGCCAAAGCAUUGAUUUCUACAUUAGGUAGUCGAUCUAAUAUUGUUAAAAUGGCGACUGAUUUGAGUGCUAAAUCGGACAAAUUAAUAUACGAUCAUAAGAUCAAAUGGAAAAAAUCUCAAACAAAAGAAUUUGUUCUAUUGAGUGAUGCCAAUGUUACUGAUUCUGAAAGUAUCAAUGCCAUAUGCAAUGUGAUUUUUGAGCUGGAACAAAAUGCACGAUGGCUUCUUCACUGUACGCCACCACAAUCUCCGCCAGAAUCACCAGUGCGCUGCAGAUUUUAA